AAACUAGAAACAUGAAAAAAAAUUGGAUUUAUAAAUUAUUUCGUCCAUAGACUAACAUUUAGAAAACAUUACAAUUGUGGCUAGUUGAAGAAAACUCAUUAAUCACAAGUUACGUUAUCACAUUUUUAGAUAUGCAUAAUUCAUCAUUCCGACGACAUCAUAUAUCAUGGAAAAUUGGACAUCAGAACUGAAUAAGUGGCUGUUAUUAAAGUCAAUACCUACCACAUUGGGUAUAAAUACGACAAAAUCAGUAGUUUGUUAAGUUACUAAACCACUAGAUACUGCCCGGUGUGAAUAUGCAGUUUCUACAAAGAUAUUUUACAUUUUGUGUUGCAUUACAUACAGUAAUCGUACAAACAGGAUCAAACAUGUUAAUGACACCUAUAAAUAAUAACCAAGUAGAAGAAUAUCAAAUAUCUGCAAUGAGUUGUAUUGUUAAUUUGACAAAGAAAUUUAUCCCUUGCGGGGCAUUAAUGACAUUAGUCGAUACAACGAAUCAAAUCGAUCCACUAAUUAAAUCAUUGAGUGUUAGCGAUUGUUAUACUUUUAUUUUAAGAUCGAUUCACAGGCACUGGCGGAUGCUACCAACAGAAGCCUACAUUAUUUCUAGUUCAAAUGUUGAUCAGCUGAGAUCGAGUUUAAAUGAACUAACAAAAGAAGUUGGAUGGAAUCCAAGAGCCACCGUCUUCUUAACUAUACACGAGUUAGAGAAAGAAGAAAUUACUGAAAUAUUCGAAUUGCUUUUAACGCAUAAUGUAUUUGACGUUCUCUUUAUAAAAGAGGAUAAAAACGGGGUUUCAAAGGUUUAUAACUAUUUUCCAUAUGAUAACCAAAAAUGUGGCCAAGUAACCGACGACAUUAUUAAAGAAGAAGAUUGUAAUUACGUAGAAACUAUUGAGAAGAACUCAAAAACUUUGGAGAGCAAAUAUCAAAACUGCACUAUAGUGGUCGCUGCAAGUGAAGACUUAGUUAAUUUUAUUUUUAAAACUAACAGCGAGUUUUCAUAUUUAGGAAGAAAAAUAGAAGGUAUUGAGCAGCGUUUGCUAAAAAAUAUUGCAAAAUUAGAAAACUUAAGUAUAAAAUAUAUUUUACUAGGAACAGACAUGCAGUAUGGAAUAGUUUUACCAAAUCAUACCAUUACCGGCGUGUUGAGCUAUUUACAAAACAAUACUGUCUCUAUAGCGGGAGGCGGGUUUUUUUUAAUAUGGAAUCGAGUAGAAUUGUUUGAUUUUAUUUGGGGCUACAACUUUGCAAAUUUAUAUUUAUUCACGCCAGUAUUUGGCGAGGAAAAUUGGAAAAAAGUUUUUCAAGAGUUCAGUGGCACUACAUGGAUGUUGAUAGUUUUAUCAUUCUUCUUUACUACGACUGUAGUUACUGUUGUACGCAAAUGUUUAUUGCAUAAAGAAGAUGAUAAGUUACUAAUAGUGAUUAAAAUGUGGGGAUAUAUUUACGGGCGUCCAGACCUUGGUUUAUUUCAAGUAAAGAAAAUGCGUAUCAUUAUCAUAAUUUGGAUUUUGUUUACAUAUUUUAUCUCGAGUUUUUACAAUACGGCAUAUUAUAGUCUGUUAACAAGAAAACAUGAUCCAAUUUUACGUGAGGGUCCGGUUAACCUGCAAUCUUUGCCAUAUCUGCCUUGUUUAACUGAUGUUACUCGUAUAUUCUUCAAAUAUAAUUUUAAUGAGACUUUGCCUGGAAAAGAAAAUGAAAAUUGUCGAGAUCCAAAAAUCGCCUUGGACUUGGUGGCAAAUAGCGGUAAAUACUACGCCAUUGAUAUGGAUUACGGUUACAAAUUAAGAGAAUACAGGUAUUUAGAUGAAGAUGGCAAUCCUAAACUUCAGAAAUCGAAGUAUACAAGUGAUAUGCCUGUAACCUUGUACACAAAUCGGGGCUUUCCUCUCCUCCGAAAAUUUCAGAGAUAUGCUGCUUAUCAUUUUGAGUCUGGUAUUUUUCAGAAACACCUAGAGGAAAUAUAUCAUAGCAAUAAAAUAUUUCACAAACAUCACAAGUCCAAAUACAGAAAUUCUCGUCUAAGCGACUAUAAGGUCGAGUUUUACAUUUUGUACCUCGGCUACUUCAUUUCAUCUGUAUGUUUUAUUAUUGAAAUCAAUAAAUGAACCAGGUACUAGGUAUUAUU